AGCAUAAAAUUAUUGAUAAUAUUAAUGAAAUUGACACUUGCUCUAGUAUUAUUAGUAACGUUAGCCUCGGCAACUUCUACUCAUGAUUAAAUCAUGGCCUUUUUGUAAACUGGUACAAAGGCUAUGGAUGCUAUUGAUACAGUUUUUGGUUUGUUGAAUGAUCUCAUACAAUCAAAUAAGGAUGCUUAAUUUGCAGCUGAUUAAAAGAAUGAAACUGAUGAAUGGGUUGGUGCUUAAACAAUUGAACAAUUUACUAAAAUCAAGUCAUUGAAUCAAAAGUUAUUCCAAUAAUCAAUUGAAAACAGAGCCUAAUUUGAAUAAGAGUUAUCAGACACCAAAAAUUAUCUUGCCUGGAAUGAACAAAGAUAAGAUGAAAUUAACAGAAAAAUUUAAGUUUUGCUUGAUUAAUAAUGCUUAAGCAAUCAACUUUUUGUGAGAUCAAUCAAACAAAAUAGAGAAGCUCUUGAAGUUGUGAGAGUACUUAAAUAAGAUGUUGCAGGAUAUAUCAUUAACGGAGAUUCUUUUGAAUUGGUUCAAGUCAAAAGUGUAGCAGAAAAACUUAAGGCAUACAGCAACACAUUCAAUGAAUAAGAAAUCAACUCAUUCCUUUAAUUAGCUAACAAAUAAGAGGAUGGAUCAGUCAGUAGAGGAGCAACCCUUGCUGAAAGAGUAUUAUCUGUUUUGGAAGGACUUGAAGCUAAUCUUGCAGCAUCCCUUGAAGCUCUUGAAACCAAUGAGAUCAAUGCCUCAUGGGAAUUGGCUGGAUGGGUUUCAUUGAGUGAAGCAGAAGUGUCUAAUUUGAAAGUUGAAUAUGAAAGAAAAUAAGUCUAUGCCGAUAGAUUAGCUACAUAAAUUUAAGCAGCCCUCGCUUAAUAAGCUAAAUCCAAGAUCAUUUUACAAGAAUCCUAAGAUGCUCUAGAUCAAGCUUAAGCAGAUUUAGAAUCUAAGAGAGCUGAUUAUGCUGAAGCCAAGGCUAAGAGAGAUGAAGAAAAUGCCAUAAUUGAAUAAGUGAUCAUCAUUUUUAAGAAAUAAGUUGCCUCCUGGUCUGGAAGAUGAUAUUCAAUUUCAACAUAAAUAAUAAUACAAACAUUUAGUAAAUAUUUCCAUC